AUGAAGUUCAUUCUGUGUGGCUUUGCUGGAUUCUGGUUGUUGCUCAUCCACAGACUCCCAGUUUCCUCAGGUCAGUCUUGGGUGAUUGGCUCACCUGGGCCAAUAAUAGCAUUAGCUGGUGAUGAUGUAAUUCUGCCGUGUCACUUUAAACCAGCCAUCAAUGACUUUUCCGGGACAGUGGAGUGGACCAGAUUGGACCUGGACCCACCAUAUGUUCAUGUUCACCAAAGUGGUCGUCUGAUGGUUCAGAACCAAAAUCCACUGUAUAAGUACAGGACCGUCCUGUUUCUGGAUGAGCUGAAGAAUGGAAACGUCUCGCUGAAACUCUUUGGAGUGAAAAUCUAUGAUGAGGGGAGAUACUUAUGCUUCAGUCCCAACAUAAGGAGAGAAGCCUUCAUACAGCUCAAUGUUGGUGCUGCCUCCUCUCCUGUCAUCAACAUGAGCAAAAGCAGCAGUGGAGUGGUUUUAAAGUGUGAAAGUAAAGGCUGGUACCCAGAGCCUGAGCUGUUUUGGCUGGACGCUGAGGGAAAGCUCCUCUCUGCUGGAGCUCCAGAGACAGUCAGAGGUCCUGAUGGCCUCUAUACUGUCAGCAGCAGAGUGACUGUGGAGGAGAGACACAGCAACAGCUACACCUGCACAGUUCAGCAGCGCAAAAUACAACAAACGAGGGAGGCACACAUUCACAUUCCAGAUCAUUUCCUCAUGUACAACGAUAGGCCUGGUUUUUAUAGUACUGCUAUCGACAUCAUCCUGUGUAUUUUUGCUGUUGUCUUUGUUGUGAGUAAAUGGAGACAUAACAAAACCGAAGAGCGAGUCAGAAAGCAGCUCAUGUCAGAAAGGGGGGCAAUGAAGAACCUGGACGCAAAAAAGGCAAAACUUGAAGAGCAAAGUAAGAAUGAGCAUGAAGAGGAACAGAAGACUGAUGCAGAGAAUGAGACUGAGCAACUCAAAUUGCAACUGGAGGAGAAGAAAGAAGAAGCUGAGAAAAUUAAAGAUGAGUACAAAAAUGUACUAAAAAAGAUUUACGAUGUUCUGCUGGAAAGAAGGUCUGAACUUGGGAGAGAGCUAAGGGAGACCCAAGACAGUUGGUUUUAUGGCUGUUCAUACAGGAUUCAUAGGACAAGUCAACUCAGUGCGGCACUGAAUGAGUUAAACACACUGAGUGCUGCAAUUGACAGUAAGAUUUAG